CAGAAAGCGAAAUCAUCUCGUGUUGUCCUCGGACAGUCGAAUACUUCCACCGAGAUUCGACGUACACGAAGCAGUAGCAGAAGUGGCCGAGUAGCAUCGUCAAAAAGAGAGUCUUCUAGAACGGAGAAAAGUACACACAUUCGCAAGCCUCCCGGGCAAAGUAAGGCAGAGACAGUUGCACCCGUUGAUCCUGUCCAACCAAAACGUGCUGUUACCAGACGGACUCGGAAAACGGAGCCUCCCAAACCAGUUAAAACUGUGGAUCCGUACGCAUUUGAUCUGUUUGCGUGUAGUGAUGAUGAAAAAGAGAACAUAGAUCCAAAAGGUGAAGUUGGAAGCAAACCGCGUGCCAUAUUAAAGUGUCGCAAGCCUGUUCAGCCGGAUCCAGAAAAGCUGCGAAAAGCAAAAACAGUACUUACAAAACCCUCUUCUUCUGUCUUCGCCUCUCCUUUCGCUCCACUAUCCGGGCGUCCUUCGGUGCACUUUGGUGUUAUGAAACGUAUUGCUGUUCCUCCAGUCCCCCGCAAAUCGACAGACUUAAGCUUGGCGGAGCAGGAACGUCGCAAAAGUGCUUCUGCCACUAUUCUCCUCUCUUUACCUUCAAGCCGACCAACCGUGCGUGACAGUUCAAUGUUUUCUGUCAAUUCACUCACACCAACACAUAUGUUGUCCGCAUCGACACCAGCAAACCAAGUGACUGGAACCGGUAUAAAUGAUGCAAACAAAGCUAUGCUUCCCGGCCCCAGCACUUUAUUCUCACCUUUAAUCGCAGCUGCACCUCCCCUGCCCGCAACUUCCCCCGAGGUUGCAUCACUUCCAGACCAUCAUCAUUUACAAACAGAUGAAGCGGUUCAGACCUCAGCCACCUCCUCAUCUCGCAGCCUAAGUGAGGAGAAGAAAAACAGCAGUCAAAGUUCUCAUGGCUCCCUGGCUGAGGAUCCUGAGAUCAUGAUCACCGGUGGUUAG